GGCGGGAAUUUCCUGCGUGGUCUGCGUGAGUGGGAGUGCGUGCGUGUGUCUCUGUUCACAACACGUCAAAAUUGCAAAGUUGUCAUGAGGAGUACAGCAGGCUCUCUCAGCACUGUAACACCUGCAUGUGUGUCACCUCUAACUACAGUCAACACAGUCAUCAGAGGUAGAAUAAUCUGCUCUACUUGGAUGAAAGCUGGGUCUGUAUCCACUGUGUGGCACCAUGAGUCUGGCUCUUCAUGAUCUGCUGAUGUGCUGCAAGGGGCUGGAGAGUGACAAAUCCACAGAGAGGAAGAAAGAAUCUGAGCACUUCAGACGGCUCCUUCGAACUCCAGAGAUCGUGCAGGAGUUGGAUCGCACCUCAGGACCUAAAGCUAAAGGCUCCAAGCAACUCACGUGGGAUGCUGUUUUCAGGUUUCUGCAGCGUUAUGUCCAGAAGGAGACAGAAAACAUUAAAUCAAGUAAAUCCAACGUCACAGCAUCGACGAUGGCCAUGCGCCAGAAGAAGAUGGCUGAUAUGUGCAGUUUGAUCAAAUAUUUCGUCCGCCACGCAAACAAACGCGGGCCACGUCUAAAGUGCAGUGAGCUGCUGAAACAUGUGAUGGAGGGGCUGCAGAAUUCAUUUAGCUGUUCAGCCUACGGAGAACAUUACAGCAGCCUCCUAGUAAAGGACAUCCUCUCUGUCCGCAAGUACUGGUGUGACAUCACUCCACAGCAGUGGCACAGUCUUUUGAACUUGUACUGUGACCUGUAUAACUCUUCAUCCAAGUCCAUCAACCGUGUCUUGGUGAGCAGAAUCAUCCACACGGCGGUGCAGGGCUGCUGUAUGCAGAGCGAUGGAUUCGACAACACUCUGUUCAGCUUCUUCUCCAAAGCAUUGCUUAACGCCAGGCAGGAGAAACACUUGACUGUUUUGGAGCACCUUGUCUCGGCUCUCAACAUCUUCUUGAGAUCCGCGGCUAUGAACUGUCGGAUGAGGGUGUGUCAGCUGGGAGAGGAGCUUCUGCCUUCUUUACUGUAUGUCUGGGCGGAUAUGAGGCCCAGUGCUGUUCUCAAAGAGGAGACUGUGAAGUUCUGCAACCUGCAGAUUUGUGUCCAUCACCCUAAAGGAGCCAAGACUCAGGACACAGGUGCUCAUGCUGAAGACUGGACGAAGUGGCGCAGUCUGCUGUACAACCUGUACGAUGCUUUAGUCAGAGAAAUCAGUCAUAUAGGCAGCAGAGGGAAGUACGUCACAGGCACAAGACACAUAGCCGUCAAAGACAAUCUCAUCGAGCUCACAGCUGACAUCUGUCACCAGCUGUUCAGUGACGACAGUGACAUCCAGAUCUUGGAGGUGACGCAGGCCUCCAUCAGAGCCACCCAGAUGGGCAGUCCCACCAGCAAGCGACGGCGCAUCGAACUGGGCUGGGAGGUCCUCCGGGACCAUCUGCAGUCUCAGCAGAGCGACUUUGAUAUCAUACCAUGGCUGCAGAUCACUGCAGUGCUCACCUCUAAGUACCCGUCUAUGGUGCCCGGCCGGGAGCUGGUCCCACUACUGUCAGUGUUGUACCAGCUCCUGGCAGAGCAGCAGAGAGGAGAGAGGGGGCCAUACGUGCUGCGCUGUGUGAGGGAGGUGGCCCGAUGCCAGGCCCGCUACCCGGAGAGGGCCCAGGUCUACAAGGCAGAGCUGGGCAGGCUGUGGGGUCGAGUGUGGGCCCUGGCGCUGCGAGGCGUCAGUUCACCCCAGACAGAGGCCCUCAGCCUGGACCUGCUGGCCUCCAUUGUCCACGGUGGACUGAUCAAUAUGGACAGAGAGUUCUGGAAGCUCUUCUCUGGAUCAGCGUGUAAACCGUCCCAGAGUGCUGCGCUCUGUCUAGCCCAGGCCCUGCUGAAGUGUCCGGUCCCUAAGAGUCUCAUCUUGAGCUCAGGCUGGGACUUUGCAGGGGUCACAGAGGGAUCUGGGUCACUCAACCUGAAGGAGACCCUCAUAGGCUGGCUUCUGAUGACAGAUCAGAGCGAUGAGAUGGAGGAUAGCUCCAGACCUCACCCCAUCGUCUGCAGAGAUUUUCCUCACAAUCUAAUCGCGAACAUCCUGGUCUCCCUGACUUUGAAAGACACCAGAGCUGGCCUGAAGUUUCUGCUGGGUGCUGACGGAGUAGAGAGUGCCUUUUUUCAAGAGCAAUCGCAUGAUACCAGAGACAACCUGGAGGAGAUUGAGAGGCUGCACCUGCAGUUCAGCUUCAACACACUGCCCUCAGAUAUCCGAGGGGGCGACGAGACGGUGAAAAGGACAUCGACUGACGGCCAGUUCACUGCUCUCCCUGGCCUCAAAAACAAGUUGGAGCAGUCUGUGCUUUGUGUGGCUGACAACCUGCUCAACUGCUACUCGCCUGAUUCUCAGUCCACCCCUCCAGAGUGUCUGGUGCGCUGUUUUAGUCUGCUGACUGGUGUUCUAGCAGGUUACGUCUCCACUGGGUUUCUGACUGAGGAGGAAGCUUGCCGCUCACAGCUCUUCACUAAAGCUAAGGCCCUGGCUCAGGACUUCAGCGGCUUUAUUUCGAGUGUGAAAGUGAAGAUGACAGAAGAAGGGACCAUGACCACGCUUAGGUCUGUCAUGAAGCUCUGCACACUGUCAGCCACAAGAAGAAACAAGGACGAUAUCUCCUCCUGUCUGUUCAUAAUGAUUCUGCCGUCCAGUCUCCUCAGUGACAUGGCAGAGAUCUGCAAACUCUUGGUUAGCAGUGUUUCUAAGAGAGUUAGUGUUGUGGAUGAAGACGAUCAUACGGAUGAUGACUGGGACAUGACCAGAACUCAACAAGGGGACGACAUUGACCUGUUUGAUGAUGAUGAAGAGUCUCACAGCAGCACCAACGGGAACCACAGACAGAAGGGAGAUAACACUGAUACUUCCUGCGGGCCAGGUGCAAAAAGCCUGUUAGCAGACGAUCUUCUGGCCCACCAGGACCUGGCUCUCCUUGCAAUCCUGGAGUUCCUGUGUGAGUGCGGCUCUGUCCAGCCCGUCCACGGCCAACUUUUCAAACCACAGGAGGUGCGGCGCCGGCUGCUGCUGCUGGUGGAGCAGAUCGACUUCAGCAAAGCCCUGCAUCUCAACAUGUAUCUCGUCCUGUUGAAGAAGCUUCCUGCUGAGGACACGCUCUCUCCAGAGGAGUUUGACUCGCUGCUCCGUCCUCUGGCGGACCUGUGUUCUCUUUACCGUCAGGACCAAGAGAUCUGUGCUGCUGUGCUUCUGGGUUUGUUGCCCUCCAUCAGGAGCCUUGGGAGGACCCAACACACACCAGAGGAGAUGAGACAUGUGCAGGGAUCCCUGCUACAAGUGGUGUCUGGGUUCUGUAUCCUGAGCCAAACAGGAAAAUGCAUGGCUACUGUACGAGCUGCUUUAGUGCAAUGUCUGGUCACCCUGCUGGAGUCUGACCCUUGUUGUAAGUGGGCAGUCCUGAGUCUCAGAGGGCCUGACAGAGACGAGGACCGUCCAGUGUCCGUCAUCCUUCCGUCUCACCUCGCAGAUGCCCAUCACCAAGUCCGUAUGCUUGUAGCCAUGUCAGCAGAGAGGUUGUUUCUAGAGAUGAAACAUGAACAUCCAGAUAGGAGGAAGAUGCUGCCAUUAAAACACCAGCAGGCAGCUUUUGAGAACGUUUACCUGAAAGCUCAGGAGGGAAUGAAGCUCCCGAAAAGCAGCUCCUCUGACGACCAGCAGGAUGAGAUGUUCAACCGCCAGGCCACCCUUUUGAAGAGUUUGUCUGUUGUGCUGUGUUGUAGUCCAGUCUGUGAAAAACAGUCCCUGUUUGCCCUCUUCCAGUCCUAUAAGGAAAACAGUAUAGAGGAACAGCUCAUUAAAAAGAUGUUGUGCAGUGUAUCCAGAACGCUGGGCUACAGGAGUGUGAAAACAUUUGUCAGCUCUCACCUGUACUACUUGGUAGCUGAGUGGCUCUCACAGAGACAGUCUGACGACCGCUACACUCUUGGAUCUUUCCCCUACACACUCCUAGACCACGACACAGUCAAAGAUUUCUAUAACUCCUCUUAUCAGGUGCUGAUCCCCCACUUGGUCUUCCUGGAUGACUUUGAGCAGGUGAAGUCUAUCGGCAGGUAUCUUGAGAAGGACUGGAAAGAGCUGUUGGCCGACUGCUUCCCCAAGAUCAUGGUCAACAUCCUGCCAUACUUCGCCUUGUCUGGCCAAGAUGCACAGGUCGCGGAGCAGAGAGAGAAGGCCCACAAGGUGUACGACCUGCUCAAAGAUGCCAACUGUCUGGGCAAACAGCAAAUCGACAGCCUGAUCCACAGCAACCUGGCGGACAUAGUAGUAGAACUGCUGAUGACUCUGUAUGAAGGAAGUGGAGCUGAAGGAGACAGAGAGGACCUGAAACGCUUUACAGGGGAACUGGACCCUGUACCAAACCCGCCAUACUUCAGCUCCUAUGUCAUCAAAGCUACACUGGACUACCUCAGCAAGUGUCACAGUGCCAACCACAAGUCACUGGUGGCCAUUCUGUCAAAAACCCCAAUAUCUAUUCAGAAGAUUCUGCUGGCAGUGUGUGAAAGGGCAGAUGAGACGACCAAUAGCUACGAACGCCACCGCAUCCUCCUGAUGUAUCACCUUUUUGUCAACCUGCUGCUCCGAGAGGUGAAGGAUGGUCUAGGAGGAGCCUGGGCCUUUGUCCUCAGGGACAUCAUCUACACACUCAUCCACCAUAUCAACAGCAGACCAGCUCAGUGUGAUGAGGUCUCUAACCGAAGCCUGUCUCUGUGCUGCGACCUGCUGACCUCUGUGUGUCAGGCAGCGCUGCAGUUCUGCGAUGACGCUCUAGACUGCCACCUACAGGUCAUUGUUGGGACUCUCACAGCUCAGGUGACGAGCCGGCCCGCGAUCUCACAACAGGUGCUCAGUCUGUUGCAGUUUCUCGUGAUAGAGAAUCAGCAGAAGUUGAAGGGAGCCAUCUGCAGGUUGGAGGCUUUUCCUGACCUCCCUGAAUUCAAAGAGCUGCGGUCUGUACAGCACAUGCUCAAAUAUAACAACGGGACUUUUACACUCAGACAGGAGAUAUCCCACUUCCUGUCAGUGACAUCCUGUGACUCCUUACCUCUGACCAGACUGGAGGGGCUAAAGGAGCUGACCAGACAGCUGCACGACAACAAGGGACAGAUCAGAGAGCUGCUCAAAGAGUGCCAUGCCGACCCUACUGAAAGUGUGCUUGUGAAACUGGUUCUCAGUCUGCUGCAGCUCUGUAAGCUGGCAGCCAACCACCCGGGGGGAGCUGAUAUUCUCGAGGCAGCAGGGAGCUGUCUGGGAGAACUAGGUCCAGUAGAUUUAUCCACCAUCGCCCUGCUCCACGGCAGAGACCCCCUCUAUGAGAAGGCUGUGUCUCUCUUCACCUCCACUGAGUCACAGUGUGUUUACAUCAUCCUCAACUGCAUGAACGACGCGCUUACUCAUCAACGUAUUGAGGUGAGGAAGGCAGCAGCUCAGUGUGUGAAGAACAUCCUCGCCACCCAGUCUGGAGUCGACUUCUGGGAGCAACACAAAGACAACAGAGACCCCAUGCUUGCUUACCUAAACCCCUUUAGAAAGGCCAAGAAGAAGGUGGCAGCUGUGAGUGCCGAGGAGAGUUUGGACGCCAAGGAGAAGCUGGAGAGCCAGGAGUUUUGGAUUCCUCAGGCGGGUGGCCACAAGGUCUGGCUGAAGGCUCUGUGCACCGCCCUGCUGGACAGCGGAGGAGUCAGGACCGAGGCUCUGCUACUGUCACGACCACUGUGUCUGGUGAGAGUGGACUGCUGUCAGAGGUUGCUGCCCCUCAUCAUCCACUCCAUCCUGCUGAACGAUUCAGAUGGCUCAUGGAGAGAGUUGCUCUCCUCUCACAUCCAGGACUUCUUCAGUUUUUGUUCCAGAAGUGCUCAGGCCUCCAGCCGCUCUGCCACACCCUUCAACUCCGACUCUGGUAAACAAAGUUCAGAGUCGGACAGUGCCAGCCAGGGCUUGUAUGACAAGGCCUCUCUGCGUACCAUGCUGGCAGUUAUCGACUAUCUGAGACACCAGCAGAGACCACUGGAGUCUGAUAGCACCUCCUGCGGCACAGUGUGUGACUCAAACUUCUGGCUGGAGCUGAACUACCUGGAGGUGGCCAAAGCUGCUCAGUCCUGCUCGGCUCACUUCACCGCUCUGCUCUACACUGAGAUCUAUGUCGACAAAAUCAAAGCUAACACGGAGGAAAGUCGCAGAACCAAGUCCAGAGCAACACGCAAGAUCAAUUUUGAGGAGAACAGCCAGAACUUCACCAUCUCCAGCCUGAUUGAGAAGAGCAUGGAAGACACUAAUAUCAGUCUGCAGGAGCUGUUGAUUGAAGUCUAUCGGAGCAUCGGAGAGCCUGAUAGUCUUUAUGGCUGUGGAGGAGAGACGAUGACAAGUCCACUGACAAGGAUUCGAACUUAUGAGCAUGAGGCCAUGUGGGGGAAAGCUCUGACCUCAUACGACCUUCACUCUACUCUGCCGGAGGUCACUCGCCAAGUGGGGAUCGUGGAGGGCCUCCAGAACUUUGGUCUGAGCAGCAUCCUCACUACCUAUCUGAGGGGUCUGGAGAGUGAAGGGAUGGAGUGGGGAGCUGAGCUGAGAGAGCUACGCUUCCAGGCCGCCUGGAGGAACACCCAGUGGGACUGCGACCUGUCAGAGAGGAGUGAAAAAUCCAAACCUGGCUUCCAUGAAUCAGUGUUUUGUGGCCUGCAAGCGUUAAGGGACAAAGAAUUCUCCGUACUUGAAGAAACUCUGAAACAGGCCAGGGGUGCAGAAGUGGAGGAGCUGUGCAGAGGCAGUCUAGAGGCCGUGUCUUCUCUGUACCCGGCCCUCAGGAACCUGCAGAGCAUCAGGGAGCUGGAGAGCGUCAAACAGCUCUUCUCUAGGCGCUUCUCAGAUGUUGCUCUGAGGGACGUUUGCAGCCAGUGGCGGCAGCAUUCCCAGCUGCUCACCGACAGUGACUUUGCAUUGGUGGAGCCCAUUCUGGCCGUUCGCUCUGUCGCCCAGAACACGCUGAUGUCCAAGGUGGGAGACGCCGAUGGCACCCAUUACCUCACCUCUGUGCUCACUGAACACCUGAUGGAGCUCUGCCGGCUGGCUCGUAAUGCUGGGAACACGCAGCUGGCAGAGCGGGCAGUGUUCGAGAUGAAGCAGCAUGGCGGUAGAGGGUCCUGGGCGUCAUCACCUGUAUUGUCAUGGCAACUGGAGGAGGCCCAGGUGUUCUGGGCAAAGGGAGAGGAAGGUCUAGCUCUGGGCCUGCUGAGACAGAUGAUAAACAACCUCGAGGAAAAGGUGGAUUUAAACCCUGCUCUGGCCCCGGUCUACACUGAGUGCCUCAGGCUGUGUGGUAACUGGCUGGCUGAGACCUGCCUGGAAAGUCCUGGAAUCAUACUUGAGAAGUACCUGGAGAGGGCGGUGGAGGUGAUUGAGGGUGAGUCAGGAGUGCAGGACUCCAGGCUGCAGAGUCAGCGGACUGAGGCCUUCCUGUCGCUGGCCCGCUUCUCGGACGCCCAGUACCAGAGUAUCGACAAAUACAUGAACUCCUCUGAGUUUGAGAACAAGCAGGCCCUGCUGGAGAAGGCCAAAGAGGAAGUGGACUUGAUGAAGGAACGUAAAGUAACGUCCAACAGGUACACAAUAAAGGUGCAAAGAGAGCUGGAGCUGGAUGAGAAGGCCCUGUCCAACCUGCAGGCAGACAGACAGCGCUUCCUGUGUAAGGCGGUGGAGAAUUACAUCCAGUGUCUGGAGCAAGGCGAGGAGCACGACACCUGGGUGUUCCGCCUGGCGUCGCUCUGGCUGGAAAAUGCCGACGUUAAGGCCGUCAACGACAUGAUGAAGAAAGGAGUGAAGAAGAUCCCCUCCUAUAAGUUUCUGCCUCUCAUGUAUCAGCUGGCUGCUCGCAUGGGAACCAAGAUGGCAACUGGCAUCACAGAGGAUGUGGGCUUCCAUGAUGUCCUCAGUGACCUGAUCUGCCGUUCAUCUCUCGAACACCCCCAUCACACGCUCUUCAUCAUCUUCGCCUUGGUGAACGCCAACAAAGACGAGAACUUUUGCAAAACCCGGCUGUCAAAGAGCGCUCCGCGGCAGCCAUCACCAUUUGACCUGGAGCGUUCAGAUGUGGCCCGCAAGAUCAUUAGUGCGAUCAGGAAAAAGAGAGGCCAGAUGAUCCGGGGGAUCGAGUGUCUCUGUGAUGCCUACAUCACUCUGGCUUAUAUGGACGCCAGCAAGCACAAGACUGAGAAGAGGGCUAUUCCGAUCCCUGCUGAUCAGCCCAUCAUGCAAAUCAAGGACCUGGACGAGGUUGCUAUCCCCACAAUGGAGAUCAAGGUUGAUCCAUCUGGUCGCUAUGACAACUUGGUGACUGUCAGAUCCUUCUUGCCCCACUAUCAUCUGGCCGGAGGAGUCAACCUGCCCAAAAUCAUCGACUGUGUCGGCUCUGACGGCAAGAGCAGGAGACAGCUGGUCAAGGGCCAGGACGACCUGCGGCAGGAUGCAGUGAUGCAGCAGGUCUUCAGCAUGUGCUCCAUGCUGCUGCAGCGCAACACGGACACUCGCAAGAGGAAGCUCAACAUCAGACGAUACAAGGUGGUGCCUUUCUCGCAGCGUAGCGGCGUGUUAGAGUGGUGCUCCGGCACGGUGCCCAUCGGAGAGUUCCUGGUGGAUCCCAGUAAAGGAGCCCACAAACGCUUCCGACCUCAAGACUGGACUAACAUGGCCUGCCGCAAGAAGAUGAUGGAGGCACAGAGGUUCGCAUUUGAUGAGAAGCUUCAGGUCUACAGCGAGGUGUGCAGGAACUUCAGGCCAGUCUUCAGGUAUUUCUGCAUGGAGCGAUUCCUGGACCCCGCGGUGUGGAUGGAGAAACGGCUGGCUUACACCCGCAGCGUGGCCACCUCCUCUAUAGUUGGCUACAUCGUCGGCCUCGGCGACCGACACAUCCAGAACAUCCUGAUUGAUGAGCAGACUGCUGAACUGGUGCACAUCGAUUUAGGUGUGGCCUUUGAGCAGGGGAAGAUCCUCCCCACCCCCGAGACCGUCCCCUUCAGGCUGUCCAGAGACAUCGUGGACGGGAUGGGCAUCACUGGAGUGGAGGGAGUUUUCAGGAGGUGUUGUGAGAAGACCAUGGAGGUGAUGAGGAGCUCUCAAGAAGCUCUGCUGACUAUUGUAGAGGUGCUGCUUUACGACCCCUUGUUUGACUGGACCAUGAACCCCCUGAAGGCCUUUUACCUGCAGCAUGACGAGCAGCAGGAGCUCAACGCAACGCUCAGCUCCGUGAUAGGAGGAGACGACUUAGACAACCACCGUAAAUCCAGUGACAGUCAGAGCUUCAACAAGGUGGCAGAGCGGGUGUUGCUGCGGCUGCAGGAGAAGCUGAAGGGGGUGGAGGAGGGCACGGUGCUCAGCGAGGGGGGACAGGUCAACCUGCUCAUCCAACAGGCCAUGGACCCCAAAAACCUCAGCAGACUCUUCCCGGGCUGGCAGGCCUGGGUGUAGAGGAGGAAAACUGAGGAAGAGUACACUUGGUCUGGUGAAGUUCCUCCUUCAAGCAACAAGUGUAUAAGUGAUGUUUUCAUUUCCUCCUUUAUAUUAUAGAUAGAGACAGCUUGUCAGUCUUUGCUUGUACCAGUCAAGUCAUUUUCAAAAUUGCCACAGAUGUCACCGCCCCAAAAAUAAUGCUGCUUUUCUGAAUCAUUGAAGGCAUGAUACUGUAUCACCACAUAGAGAGAAAAAAGUGGAGAGACACUAUGCAAAUGAGCUUCAGUGGGUCAAACUUAAAACAUGUUCCCGAAUUAGUUAUUUAUUCCUCUUUUAAUUCUGUGAAUAAAUGAAAGUUAUGUAGCUUUUAAUAGAUUAAGGCCACAGUUUUUAUAAACUUGUAUGUUAAUAGCAAAAAAACAUCAGAUAAACACCAUAUUGUCAUUUUGAUCAUUUUCUGACACCCUUUGCACUCAAACAGAAUAUGAAGUCCAUUUUAGAAAUUACAUGCAGUCAACUGUUGUUUUGUAGCAGUAAGCUGAAAAUUGCAAAAUCCUGAAGUGUAUUUAAAGAGAGCAAUGAACUGUGUGUGGCUGUGAUGAGUUCGGUUUAGGCAACGACAUGUUUGCUGUAACAGUUGUGAACAUUUUCAUACCAAUUAUCAUCUCAUGAUCAGUUAUCAUUAAUGAAUACCCAAGAAGACUUUUACAUAGAUACACAAUACAAUACAAUCCUUAUGAAUGAGCAACACACAUUUGAAAUAAAUAAACUGUACUUGAAAUGUCAUUGACUAACUCCUUAUCAGCAGCUGCUUAUUAAAACUUCUAUGCUUUUUAUAUUAUAUACAAAGUUUUUACCUGUUCAGCUUUAUACUUCUUUGUAUUGCUUCCUUGUUCUGUAAAAAGAAAACAUGCUGCUCUUGAACAUGAUUCCUGUGUCAUUAAAUAAAUAAAUAAAAUAAACACCAGUAAAGAAUGAA